AAAAACUCAGUGCUUUUAGGAAGUGCAGCGGCAUCAGAAGGCUGCACAGACCCCAGCAGCCUGGAUUUACUUCCUCCCCACGAGGACUAGGCAGGCAGGGCAGGCAGGAAGGGCCUGUCACCAGCAAGGUGACACAUUCCUGCCCAGCCAGCCCAAGCAGCAGCUAGGCCAGCAGACAAGGGGCACAGCCACUGCUCCCCCAGGGCUUCGGAAUGGACCUGUGCCACCCAGAGUCUGCCGAGCUGAGCAGCAGGGAGACAGAGGAACUGCAGAGGAUCAAAUGGCACCGGAAGCAGCUGCUGGAGGACAUCCAGAAGCUGAAGGACGAGAUCGCAGAGGUGUUUGCCCAGAUCGACUGCUUCGAGAGGGCGGAGGACAGCCGGAUGGCACAGAAAGAGAAGGAGCUGUGCAUCGGGCGCAAGAAGUUCAACAUGGACCCCGUGAAGGGCAUCCAGUAUCUCACAGAGCACAAGCUGCUGCCGCCCUGCGCCCAGGACAUUGCCCAGUUCCUGUACAAGGGCGAGGGCCUCAACAAGACGGCCAUCGGCACCUACCUGGGGGAGAGGGACCCCCUCAACCUGCAAGUCCUCCAGGCCUUCGUGGACUGCCACGAGUUCACCAACCUCAACCUCGUCCAGGCUCUCAGGCAGUUCCUGUGGAGCUUCCGGCUGCCAGGUGAGGCCCAGAAGAUUGACCGCAUGAUGGAGGCCUUCGCCGCCCGCUACUCCCUCUGCAACCCAGGCGUCUUCCAGUCCACAGACACCUGCUACGUGCUGUCCUUCUCCAUCAUCAUGCUCAACACCAGCCUCCACAAUCCCAACGUGCGCGACCGGCCGCCCUUUGAGCGCUUCGUGUCCAUGAACCGGGGCAUCAACGAUGGCGGGGACCUGCCCCAGGAGCAGCUGCGGAACCUCUUCGACAGCAUCAAGAGUGAGCCCUUCUCCAUCCCUGAGGACGAUGGCAGUGACCUCACUUACACCUUCUUCAAUCCAGACCGAGAAGGCUGGCUGCUCAAGCUGGGGGGCCGUGUGAAGACCUGGAAGCGGCGCUGGUUCAUCCUCACUGACAACUGCCUCUACUACUUCGAGUUCACCACUGACAAGGAGCCACGGGGAAUCAUCCCCCUGGAGAACCUCUCUGUGCAGAAGGUGGACGACCCCAAGAAGCCAUUCUGCCUGGAGCUCUACAACCCCCGCUGCCGAGGCCAGAGGAUCAAGGCCUGCAAGACAGAUGGUGACGGCAGGGUGGUGGAGGGUAAGCACGGGUCCUACCGGAUCUCAGCGGCCAGCACUGAGGAGCGUGACCAGUGGAUCGAAGCCAUUCAGGCCAGCAUCACCCGCGUCCCCUUCUACGACCUGGUCUCUGCCCGGAAGAAGAAGAUUGCCAGCAAGCAGUGAGCUGCCAGGGAGGUGGCGUGGGGAGGCCCCUCCCACCUUUCCUGGCCAAAGACCCCCAGUCGCCCGGAGAAGACUAUGGGGGAGGCAGAGCUCUAGGGCCAGGUGGGAACCCCAGAGGGUGCAGAACCCAUCUUGAGGUCCUGGCACCCAGCGGCCCUGCCCCCUGUCCCCCGUGAUACAGAAGAGGCGAGGAGCGGAGGGUGAGACCCCAGAACUGCAUCAUCUCUCAGGGCUCUUUGCCCUCAGAUGCCAUCAGCCCCCAAAGGGGCAGGCCCUGGGGUUCCUGGGGGCUCCGUGCCCUCAGCCAGGCUGCCCCCUGCUCAGGGUGUCUCUGUGAGCCCCCCAUCCUCAGUUUGGGCUCGGCUCCACCUGUUGGAGCAGAGCUCAGCACAUUUGUGGCCCAGCCCCAGGGCCAGGACACUGGGGACAAAAGGAGCCCCAGCCCCAGCCUCAGACUCUCUGGCCGCUGUGCAGAAGCAGUGGUGAGCCGAGGGACCCAGGGCUCAGGCCUGGGUGGACAGCCUCGCCAGGGACUUCCCUGCUGGACUGUGGCCAGCGAGCCAGCUCCCAGCACCCAGGAUCCCGGCCUUCUGCAGCCACGUCACAGAGGCGCUGCAUCCUGGUACCGAAGGCGACUCUGGCUCUGGGAGGCCCCACUUCUCAGAAGAAUGUCUCACACCCUCGCUCAGGCCCAGGGAGCCCCCAGAGGGAGACUGCUUGGCUGGGCAACAGGAAAUGCCUCUGCCCCCUGCCAGGCUGAGUGGGUGAGUGUAGCAGGCAGACUCCCCAGGGGGAACCGCAGGUCGCCAGGCAACCGCCCUCCUUCCCGCCCCCACACAAGCACGCUUCACAAGGUCAGGAUGGCGUCGCCACCUGUGAAGGGGUGAGACCCCUGUCCUCGAGGGUGUGCGAGCACCUGGUAGCCAUAUUGCUCUGGAUGAGGCCUUGCAGAACAUUUGGGGAUGUGAGCUGAGCCCACCUCAGCUGCCCCGUUUGGCCCAUGAAUGGGCACCGGAGGUCGUGGAAGGAGCACUGGGCUGGAGAUUGGGCCUUCUGAGGUCCUCUCUUGUCCCUGGCACACAUGGGCUGUGUGCCCUUAGUCCACUGCCUCCCGUCUCUGGUCCUCAGCUUCCUCCCCAUCCUUGAUGGCGUAGGACCAACCUGCGCAGCUGUUCUGCGAUUCACUCAGAAGUCAGAAUAAAGCAAGUGGUCCAACUCGUGA